AAAGAAAGGGAGAGAUGGAGAGAGCAAGGUAGAAAGAAUGAGGAUGGGGAAGUGAGCAUGAAGCACUAGAAUAUAACGAAAAAACCUUUAUGACAUUUAAAUAACCUAGAACAGCUCUGUUGGUAAAAGUUUGAUUCAGGUGUACCCAGUAUGACGAUGGCACAAUAAGGGAUAACUGUGGAGAGAAACUUUGCUUUAUGAGAAGAUGCAGCUCUCGGUUUGGCUGCUCUGCUUAAUAUGCCUGUGCACAUGGGCAAAGACUUCAGGUCAGUGUAAGUGUCUCUGUACCUGUUCACCUGAGGAGCAACAGCUACAGGAGGCUCCAAAGUCAGAAAGGCCAGAGAGUAAAGGAAAGAUUAGACAUCGUCUGGCACAUGAACGUCCAUCACGCAGGGACAGGAACCACCGCAGGAAAGGUUCCAGACUGCGCCCAGAUGAAGUCUCCCCUCGUAUCGUGCAUCACCCGUCUGACGUGGUGGUGCGGGUUGGAAGUCCUGCCACGCUGUCCUGCCGAGCCGAAGGAAACCCUGAACCCUCCAUCCAGUGGCUGCGCAACGGUGUUCCACUGGAGCCUGAAAAGAUGGAAGGCCAGUCUCAGCCCAUCAUUCUACAUGAGGGCAGCCUGUUCUUUCUCAGCGUGGUGCCUGGAAGGAAGGGCCAGUCCCAUGAAGCGGUGUAUGCCUGUGUUGCGCGAAACAGUGCUGGCUCUGCGGUCAGUAGGAACGCCUCUUUGCAUAUCGCGGCUCUGCGAGAUGAGUUCCGCAUGGAGCCCAGCGACAUGGAGGUAGCCGCAGGAGAGAUGGCCGUGAUGAACUGCAGUCCACCUGUAGGGCAUCCUGAACCCAAUGUCAGCUGGAAGAAAGACGGCGUCCCUAUCAACACCACAGACAAACACUACACUGAACUGAAUGGAAAGCUGAUAAUAGCUCCAGCACGGAAGCAGGACUCUGGAGUUUACAUCUGUGUGGCUUCAAACAAUGUUGGAGUGAAAGAAAGCAGAGCAGCCAGGUUAUCAGUUCUGGAGAAGCCAGUGAUACGGCGUGAACCUCAGGAUGUUUUUGUGAAGCUCGGGGAGUCAGCACACUUCUUCUGUGAUGGUCAGGGAGACCCCAUGCCCAGGCUGGAGUGGAGCAGAGAGCAGGGACCACUACCCAACGGCAGGUAUUUGGUUAAUCCAGACCAGAGUCUCCAGAUCCACUACGUGACGUUACAGGAUGCUGGCAGAUAUACCUGUACUGUGGUCAGUGAUGUUGGAGUGGCUACAGCCAGUGCUCAGCUCUUUGUGGAAGAUACAGACAGCAGCAGCCAGAAGGACCUGCAUAAAGAGCUGUCUGCACUUCGCAUCAGUCUAGAGAACGUCACUGUUCUGAGAGCUGUUUCAAACAUGUCACAAGUCAUGUGGAAGCUUCAGCCAUCAUCCUCACCACUACACUAUCUGCAGGGGUUUGAGGUGCUCUAUCGUUCUCUUUUACCUGCCAGCUCAGACUGGGCAGCUCAAAAAGUUGCCCAUCCUGCAGUCCAGACCCACGUAGGUCCCCUAAAAAGGGGCUACAAGUACGAGUUUAAAGUUCGGCCGUAUGGGAGUGAUCUGUAUGGCAGAGAGAGCAACACCAGGCACCUGAGAGUACCAGAGACAGUUCCCAGUGCUCCUCCUCAGGAAGUGUCCAUAACAAUGCCCACUGACCGAAAUGACACAGCACAGCUGAGCUGGGAACCACCGGCACACGAUGCGCAUAACGGGAUCAUUCAGGGAUACCAGGUGUGGUGUGUUCAGGAAGAGGAGCAGCAGUAUCUGAACUGGACAGUGGACAGUGGAACACACACUGUGGAGAUCAAGCCACUGCAGCCUGGCAAGCGUUACUGGCUCCGAGUAGCGGCGGUAAAUGGUGCUGGCAUUGGAGCUCAGAGUAACCCGUACCAACUGCUCAUAGACUCAAAGCAGGAAUCAGCUCCAUAUCACCGAAAUGCCCUAAACCUGUCAGAUGUUUUGGCGUUAAUGAGGGAUCCAGUGUUUAUCGGCAGUGUUGGUGCUCUCCUGUGGUGCGUGCUGAUGGUUACAGCUGUAUGUCUGUAUCGAAAACAUAUCAGACCUGGUGGUUUAGGAAGAGGAGCUCACAAAACAGGGUUGUAUCGUCUGGCUAGUGAGGACCUCAUCAUCAAACACAGGAUGGCGGCCCCAGAUUCUCCAUGGAUCUCUGGAGCAUGGAAACCUGAGUGUAAUGGUGAACAGCACAAGGGUCAAUGGACACAAAAACAGGAGCUCCCAGACCCCAAAAGAACUACUCUGCCCAUGACAGCAAAGAAAGACUCAGCCGUGCCCAUAGUGCCAGACAACUGUGGCGUUUAUGGCACCUUCUACGUGGAUUUGACUGGUGACGGUAUGAAAACGUUUAACAGUCCGGCUCGACGUACCAAAAUGCCUCACUCAAAAACACAGCAUCACGGCACCGAGACGAUACGCAUUACUCAGACCGUAGCCAAGCCACCUGCCGUCAGUGACGGCCAGGUAAUUCCAUGGAAACGGGCUCUCCCCAGCCAGCCCAGUAUGGGUGUUCGUAAGGAGUCCUGGGAGAAGAACUUUAAACGAGAGCUGCAUGCGGUGAACAGUGCUCCUUUAGUGCCCAUGCAUCAACAUGCCCUACUGGUUCGCAACGCCCCUACCAAUCAUAUACACAGACUCAGCCAGCACACAGGGGGAGGGCCAGAGCGUGUGAAGGCAUUAGGUUCUCCCAGGAUUAUGCAGUACUCAGCCUCGCUGCGUUUUGUGGAUGUGCUGCCCACUCCCCCUUCCCUGCCAAUGGAUGAUGGCCAUAGUAUCAGCUCAGAGGAAGGCUCGAGCCGCUCCACUAAACUGACGGUAGAUGCUGGCUCCCUGCAGUCUGUGUGUGCAGCAUCUUCUGGCUGUCCCUCACAACACGGUCCUCCUUACAGCCGCCUCUCUACGGCCUCCUUCUGCCUGUCCACUAACGGCCACAAGGACAGCGCGCUGAGCACCCAGACACAGGAGCAGUACCUCGAGCUCAGUCCUAAGCCACGCAGACACAGUGCCCUGGCUGAAAAAUCCUCCUCCUUGACUCGUCCGUUCUCUCCCACACCCACGUUCGGUUACAUCUGCGGACCCUCUGAGCGGGAGGUAGGAGAUGAUGUGGACGAUGAGCCGGAGACUGUAGGGCUGAGGAGAACCGCCCUGAGGAGCACACCCUCGUCUUGCUUCAGCGAAUGGGAGGGCUCGCUGUGGAACGGCUGGGGAUCCACGUCUGAGGGAAACAUGCAGAGCGCGAGAACCAGCAUAAUCAGCUCUUCGGAUGGGUCCUUCAUGAACGAUGCCAACUACGCUCGCAUCCUGGCCAUGACGGGAGAGACGGUGACUGGAACUUUAUCAGAUUUUUCACCGCCGGGGUCUCCGCUGAGCAUGCUGUUUCCUCCGCGGGACUGUUUCGGGGAGGUCGACCCUCUGGCCGUGUGGGAUUUUAGCACAACCUGGGUGGAGGAGAUGGAGGCUCAGAUCAGGGCGUCCGCAGUGCCCGGAGGACCUGCAGCAUCUUCCCUGGACAGCACCAGGCCCGAGCUCCCGUACAAAAGCACCUCACAGCGAUGAUUCUACAGAGAGUGCCUCAGAUUUGAUCAUUUCUCACCGUCCCUGAGCCGCAGAACAGAACUCGUGUUGAGACUUUGUAGAACCUUUAGGGCAGCUUUUGUCUUCGAUUCCUAGUCGAGGGGUUUUCAGUGAGGUUUUUAAGGUUAUGUAUUCAUGUAAAUAAACCACUUUUAUUUAAUAUACGUCACGAAUGUUAUAUAAUAGCCAUCUAAAACACAGGUAAAUAUUGUACGAUUUGUUUAUGCCUCUAUAAGGUAGUAAUUAAGUAGUAAUUUAACAUAUUGCAAUUGAAUCACCAUCCACCACAUCUGUACCCUACGUGUCAUUACCAUGGUCAGUCCUAAUUCCCAUCACCUUUACCGUGUCUGCCACUGUUGCAUCUGAUGAAAACAGGCCCAAAUCCUAAAUUAUUUCUAACUUAGUAUUUUCUGUGCACUAUAGAGUGUAUAGAAUAAUGGCUUCUCCAACCUACACAGUGCACCAUGGAGCUUAAAGUCAUGAUUUGCUCUAUCGGCGAGGUUUGUUGCAAUACAGUUUAGCUCUUCAGGUUUAAAGCAUUUACGUUUGCAAUUAUGACUGAAUACAGUUCAAGCAAUUAAGGGGUUAAGAGCCAUGCUCAGGGGCCCAAGAGUGGCAGCUGUAAGUUUUCGUCUGUGGUAAUUAUUUAUAAAUUGCAGAUGUGGUGGAUAAACAACUCCAGGGAAUUAUUUUAAUGUUAGACGUGUAGAUAAGGACGUACAGUAGGUGUGUUAUUCUAUUAUUGUUAAUGUGAAAUACAUUUGUAGUAGAAUAAUUAUAAUAUUAUUAUAUGAAUCUAAACCUGAGAUGUGAUGCAAGAUUAAAGUGCCAAUAGAGAUAUUUCCUACAUGAUUAAAAUGACUUAUUCAUUUUUAUAUAUUUUUGGAUUUGAACUGGUUCUACUAAAAUGUUGUUGACAUAUUUACUAAUUCCACUGUUCCUCCUGAGCCUUUUAAUACAAAUAAACUGUGCCUUGGUGAUA